CAAAUAUUCAUCAAUAAAUUAUUUUUGAAAUACAUUUCAAUACCUUCGGAAACGAGAGCUCGAUCCGUUAGAAAACUAAUAAUGAAAUUAGCAAAAGAACCGCCAAGCAGUUUGGAGGAGUGCUUCAUUCAAUUUCUCACAAGGGCUCGAGAAAGUCGUAAGGAAAGAUUAAAGACCGCCCGAAAAGUGGAUCUAUCCCCCUGGACCGUCGCAAGAGCGGAUCAAAGAGAGAUCAAAGCGGACAAAAGCCGGGCGGCAGAAGCCCGAACAAGAAAGCACAAAUUGACGUUGAAAGGGCAAAUCGAAGAACUAAAAUCACAAUUGGUUGCCAAAAAUUCUUUAAUUUCUGAAUUGGAGAAAAAAAAUCAUGGAUUUAGAAGAAACAAGUGUUAA